UCCGCCCGUCAGCCGCUGUGUCACUCAGAUCUCUAUGGAGACGGGAAUCAACAGCUGAGCCUCGCCCGGACGGCCGCGCAAGCCUUUUUUUUCUCCCCCCACGAAAGCAGCGCGUCCUGCAAAAAAAAGGCGCAGAGAGGGUAGAAGGCGAGCGGGGGCAAUAUGGCAGAGAGCACAGACAUGGAAUCCUUGCAGGAAAGCUUCCGGAAAUUCGCCAUCUAUGGAGACACCAAAGCGACGGGGCAGGAAAUGAAUGGAAAGAACUGGGCCAAGCUGUGUAAAGAAUGUAAGGUGAUUGAUGGAAAAGGGGUUACCGGCACAGAGGUGGACAUCGUCUUCACCAAGGUGAAAGCAAAAUCGUCCAGGGUCAUCGGUUAUGAGGAGUUCAAGCGGGCCUUGGAAGAACUGGCGCCAAAGCGGUUUAAGGAUAAAAGCAGCGAGGAGGCUUUCAACUCCAUCUGCCAACUGGUGGCGGGCAAAGAACCAACCAACGUGGGCGUCACCAAAGCCAAGAGCGUCGGGGCUGUGGAGAGGCUGACGGACACCUCGAAGUACACUGGAUCCCACAAGGAACGCUUCGACGAGACCGGGAAGGGCAAAGGAAAGAGCGGGCGGGAGAACAUCGUAGACAACAGCGGCUACGUAUCGUCCUACAAGAACGCUGGAACCUACGAUGCCAAAAUGAAGAAAUAAGGGCCGCUGUCGCAGCCUGUGCCGAAGAAGGGGGCGCCCCAGUGACAUACCCCUUGUAUUGGGGGUGGGUGGGGGUUUUUUUUUGCUGGGCCCGCUCCCGGGUUCUGAGUUGCAAAACGGAAGGGUUGCUGCUGUUCUCCAUCUUGGCCUGGCCUUUUGCUUCCCAUACCCCCAGAAUUGCAUCUGUAACACCUCCCUUGUCUCAGAUUUCUAUCCCGGGCUUCUCCUCACCCUCAACAGCUUCUCAGGCUUCCCACCCACUCGCUCAGGUGAAUCUUCAAGACUAAAUAUGGCUCUUCCCGAGGGAAUCUUGCUUGGGGUAGAACUUCUGCUUCUCACGUUAAAGCAGCUGUUAAAGGCACCAGGAGUGCGUGAGGGAAACCAAGUUGGCUGCCUUCCCCCCAACUCACCGACCUCCGAGAAGGCCUCAACCACCUUGUCCGUGUUGCGCCAGUGCUCAAAAUCCUCUCACCUAGCCUGUAACCUGUCCUGACCAUGUAGGUUGGACUGCAGCUCCCAUUGUUCGUAGGCCAGUUGUGGCACUCUUGUCUGGCAUAAUGGGAGUUGUAGUCCCGCACCUCUGAAGUGUGACUGGUUGGGGAAAUCCUGUCCUCUGGCAUCAUUUCACCGCUUCUGAGCUUUAUAAGUCAAGCUGUAUAUGAAUAAAGUACUACUAAAUAUAUUCCUCAAAUUA